UUUUCCGGAAACUCCGUGAGCGAAAAUGACCACUAAACUGAAGAAGACCAGGAAGCUGCGUGGUCACGUAAGCCACGGCCAUGGCCGUAUUGGCAAACACAGGAAGCAUCCUGGAGGUCGCGGUAACGCUGGUGGACAGCAUCACCACAGAAUCAACUUUGACAAAUACCAUCCUGGUUACUUUGGUAAAGUGGGCAUGAGGUAUUUCCACAAGACCCAGAACAAGUUCUUCUGUCCGUCCGUCAACCUGGACAAGCUGUGGUCGCUGCUCAGUGAACAGUCUCGGGACAAGUACCUCCUGGCCAAACCCUCUGAGAAGGCUCCCGUUAUUGAUGUUGUCCAAGCCGGUUACUACAAGGUGUUGGGCAAAGGUCAUCUUCCCAAGAGACCCGUGAUUGUGAAGGCCAAGUUCUUCAGCAAAGUAGCUGAGAGGAGGAUCAAGGAAGUUGGAGGCGCUUGCGUUCUGACCUCUUAAAUAAAGAGUAAUAAUUACUA